AGAGAGAGAGAGACGAGUCAGACACAAGGAGACCAUCAGGCAGGAAGGAUGGAGGUGGACAUGGGCGCUCGCUUCAAGAAGGUGGCCAGCAUAGGGCGCGGCACUUUUGGGGAGGCGUGGCUUGUUGUCAGCACUUGUUCCAGGCGCAGGUACGUAAUGAAGGAGGUGCGCCUGGAAGACCUGCCUGCAGAAGAGGUGGAGAAGACGCGGCAGGAGGCAGAGGUCCUGGCUCGCUGCAAACACGCUAGCAUUGUUAGGUAUAAGGAGUGUUUCGUCCGAUCGGCGCCCCUCACCAUGUGUCUUGUUAUGGAGUACGCUGGGGGAGGCGAUCUGUCCCAGCGAGUGAGCGAGGCCAGGCGGCGAGGACAGCAGCUGGCCGAGGACGUGGUGCUGGACUGGUUCUCGCAAAUUAUCCUCGCGGUUCAGUACCUUCAUUCCAAUAACAUCCUGCACAGAGACCUCAAGACACAGAACAUCUUCCUGACGGCGGACAACAUGGUGAAGGUCGGGGAUUUCGGGAUAGCCAGGCUGCUGCGGGACAGACAAGACCUGGCCACCACCACCAUCGGCACGCCCUUCUACCUGUCCCCAGAGAUUUGCCUCAGACGGCCGUACAACCACAAGAGUGACAUGUGGGCGGUGGGGUGUGUCCUGUACGAGCUGUGUGCCCUCAAACAGCCCUUCCAAGACGCCUCCUUCGACCGCCUGGUGAUGAAGAUCCUUAGCGGGGAAUAUGAGAGUCUGUCCUCGAGCUACACGCCCUUGGUACACCAGCUAACGAAACUGCUACUGAGAACUACCCCAGAGAGACGCCCCUCCGCAGCUGCUCUCCUCACCACCCCCGGCUUGACUCCUUACGUGCAUGGCUACCUCAGCAGGUACGAGGUGUUGCUGGCAGAGGGAGGAGCAGAGGGCAAGGAGACCCCAAGCCCCCCAGGUCCAUCAGGCCCCUCACCCCCAGGAGGCCAGGAUACUGCAGGACCCUCCUCACUUGGCUAGGAUUCGAGAAAGUGUCCGGGUGAGAGGUCAGCGAGGCAGUGUUGACCUGGGCUCCAUCCACACAGCUCAGCAGGGAGGCAAGGAGCGGGGACUGAAGCGAAACAGGAAGGGGGACGAGAGAGAGAGAGAACGCGCAUCAUCAGAUUCAACAAUACUUACCUUCCUUCAUUCCCCUCAGUUCCCCUCCCCUCCUCUAACCCCCAACCCUCGCCUCCCCAUCCCCCAAUGCCCCAACGCCCUCCCAGUCCCCUCUACCUCUCUAAAUUGUGAGGGGAAUGAAAAUAAUGAUGGAUUUCAGAGUCCUCUUCCGUGUCUGCCUCACAAGAGAGCCGAUACACCGUGGCCAAAAGUCAGAAAGAAUUUGUUGAGGUGAUGAGAGAGAGAGAGUGAGUGAGAGAGUGAGAGAGUGAGAGUGGGAACUUGUGUAUUAUGAGUAGUAUGAUUGUGAAGGUUUUAAUUAAAGAUAGUGAAAAAAAGAUGAAAAAAUCGAAGGUUAUGAGAGUGUGAGAGAGAGAGAGUGAGAGAGUGAGAGUUCGUGUAUUGUGUUUUUAGAUAGUGAGAAAAUGUGAAAAAAAACUGAGGUUAUGAAAGAGUGUGAGUUGAUGUAUUUUAUGAACUAGCUUUAAAAUUGUGAUGGUUUGAUUGAGAUGCUGAGGUGAAGUUGGGAAAAUUGGUGGAGAGAUGAGUGUUUUAGUGAAAGAUGAAGGUUUUGAGAUGAAGUUGGAAAAAUUAAUGAAGAGAUGAGUGUUUUAAUGAAAAAAAAGAUGAAGUUUUUGAGAUGAAGUUGGAAAAAUUAAUGAAGAGAUGAGUGUUUUAGUGAAAGAAGAUGAAGUUUGUGAGGUGAAGUUGGGAAAAUUAAUGAAGAGAUGAGUGUUUUAAUGAAAGAUGAAGUUUUUUGAGGUGAAGCUGGAAAAUUAAUGACGAGGUAAGUGUUUUAGUGGAAGAAGAUGAAGUUUGUGAGGUGAAGUUGGGAAAAUUAAUGAAGAGAUGAGUGUUUUAAUGAAAGAUGAAGUUUUUGAGGUGAAGCUGGAAAAUUAAUGGCGAGGUUAGCGUUUUAGUGAAAGAAGAUGAAGUUUGUGAGGUGAGGCUGAGAAAAUUAAUGAAGAGAUGAGCGUUUUAAUGAAAGAUGAAGUUUUUGAGAUGAAGCUGGAAAAAUUAAUGGAGAGAUGGGUGUUUUAAUGAAAGAAGGUGAAGUUUUUGAGGUGAAGUUGGGAAAAUUAAUGAAGAGGACUGUUUUAGUGAGAGAUGAAGUUUUUGAGAGGAGGCUGGAAAAAAUUAAUGAAGAGAUGAGUGUUUUAGUGAAAGAUGAAGUUUGUGAGGUGAAGUUGGGAAAAUUAAUGAAGAGAUGAGCGUUUUAAUGAAAGAAGAUGAAGUUUGAAGUUUUAAUGGACGUGUGAAAAAGAUGUGUUAAAAUGAAGACAGGAUUUUAUUAACGUGAUGACAGAAAUGAAGGAUGAAAACUAAGAAAAAAAAAUGAAAAAAAAAAAUGACGCAGUAAAAUAAAGAUUAAUAAAGAACAAAUAAAUAA